GGGCACCGAGUCGUCUGGCAAGACUGCGGGCUCCGAGUCAACAGGCACGACAGUGGGCACCGGGUCAUCAGGUAUCGGAUUGUCUGGCUCGACAGCGGGCAUCGGGUCACCAGGUAUGACAGCGGGCACUGGGUCACCAGGCAUCAGGUCAUUUGGCUUGCCAGCGGGCACCGCGUCAUCUGGCAAGGCAGUGGGCACCGGGUCACCAGGUACCGGAUCAUCUGGAUCAACAGCGGGCAUCGAGUCAACUGGCCUAAUAGGAUCGUCGGGCUGGAUCAGUUCAUCAUGCUGAGUAGCGGCAUCAGGCUGAAUGCAGGCUUCAGGCUGAAUGCAGGCUUCAGGCUGAGGAGAGGCUUCAGGCUGAGGAGGCUUCAGGCUGAGGAGAGGCAUCAGGCUGAGGAGAGGCAUCAGGCUGAGGAGAGGCAUCAGGCUGAGGAGAGGCAUCAGGCUGAGGAGAGGCAUCAGGCUGAGGAGAGGCAUCAGGCUGAAGAGAGGCAUCCGGCUGAGUAGAGGCUUCAGGCUGAGUCACGGAAGGCAGGUUCACCGGUUUGGAUACUGGCAGG